UACAGGUUGGGACUGUCUGUACAACUACGAAUAUUUACUUUUUGGAGCGGGAAUAUCUUAGAAUGGGCUCCGAAAAGCUUUACGAGGCGACUUACGGGCGUGACAAGCGAAGCCACACCGGGCUGGCGAUAGUCGGAUCUCUGAUCGUGGCUGCUACAGCCGUGAUUGUGAGCUUCGUCACCAUGUUCGUACUGGUGAGGCAGGGGGUUGACCUCAGUAAAAUGGAAGCCCAGCUGUCGCACCUGAAGGAAAUGGAAGCCCAGCUGUCGCACCUGAAGGAAAUGGAAGCCCAGCUGUCGCACCUGAAGGAAAUGGAAGCCCAGCUGGCGCACCUGAAGGAAAUGGAAGCCCAGCUGGAAACAGACACACACCUGAAGGAAAUGGAAGCCCAGCUGUCGCACCUGAAGGAAAUGGAAGCCCAGCUGGCGCACCUAAAGGAAAUGGAUGCUCAACUGAAAGCCCAGAUGCAGAAGAUAGAACAAUGGAAGGAACACCUUGACGUGCAGGUCAGUCAACUGGGCCCCGGCGGUCGUGAGGAUGAACCGGUACGUGACAAAAGCGCCACCUUUCUGUACGGAGCUGAAGUGCAUCACCGGGCUAAGAGAUCUGUGUUUAACGCCGGAAGUUUUGCGAAUAAGAUCACACUGCCCACGACUCUAGGGGGCAUCCGACUGGUUGGUGGAUACUGGGCCCAUGAGGGAACGGUGGAAGUGUUCCACAACGGACAAUGGGGGACCGUCUGUGACGAUACAUGGCAACAAGCGGACGGCGAUGUGGUUUGCAAUCAGCUGGGGUUCCCUGGUGCUGAGAGGGUAACAACUGAAGCCUCCUUCGGGCAGGGGACCGGGCCGAUCUGGCUGGAUGACGUCGAGUGUGGCGGGAAUGAGACAAGUCUACAAAACUGCAGUCACGGUGGAUGGGGAAGUCAUAACUGCGGACAUAAUGAAGAUGCCGGAGUCGUCUGUAACCGAGACGUCCGGAAAGUCGGCGGAUCAGAGGACCAUGACGGCAGGGUGGAAGUUUACUACAGCGGACAAUGGGGAACGAUAUGUGAUGACGAGUGGAGCCUCAGUGACGCCGAGGUGGUUUGCCGGCAGCUGGAUUUCCCUGGUGCUCAGCAGGUAACAACUGAAGCCUCCUUCGGGCAGGGCACUGGACCCAUCUGGAUGGAUGAUGUAGACUGUGCCGGGAGUGAAUCACGUCUGCUAAACUGCAGCCACAGGGGAUGGGGCACACACGACUGUGCACAUUCUGAAGAUGCUGGAGUUCUGUGCAACAUUCGUGCCCGCCUGGUUGGUGGUUCUGGUGACCACGAGGGAAGGGUGGAGGUUUUCCACAACGGAGAAUGGGGAACGAUUUGCGAUCGAUAUUAUAGGAGUCGGUUCAAACAGGCCAACGCUGAGGUGGUGUGCCGGCAGCUGGGGUUCGCCAGUGCCAAGUAUGUACGGUCUCGGGCCUACUUCGGGCAGGGGCACGGACGGAUCUGGUUGAGUAAUGUAGCCUGCAGCGGAAAUGAGUCAAGUGUACACAGCUGCAGCCAUGGUGGAUGGGGUCCCUCUUGCAGCCAUUAUUACGACUUUGGAGUUGUCUGUACCAAUAUCCGCCUGGUUGGUGGUUCCGACGAACACGAGGGCAGGGUGGAAGUUUACUACGAUAGGAAGUGGGGCUCUGUUUGUGACGAUGGAUUCGGUCUCAGUGACGCCGAUGUGGUGUGUCGCCAGCUGGGCUUCCCUGGUGCUGAAGCAGCGCCGUGUUGCGCCUCCUUCGGGCAGGGGACUGGGCCGAUCUGGCUGGAUGAUGUCGAGUGUAGCGGGAAUGAGACAAGUCUGCUAAACUGCAGUCACGGUGGAUGGGGAAGCCAUAACUGUGAGCAUGAAGAGGAUGCUGGAGUUGUCUGUGACACUACACGUGCCCGCCUGGUUGGAGGGUCCGGGGAACACGAGGGAAGAGUGGAGGUUUUCCACGACGGACAGUGGGGGACAAUUUGCGGUUGGUGUUGGGAGCGACGUAUGGCAGAUGUGGUGUGCCGUCAGCUUGGGUUCCUUGGUGCUCAGCAGGCAACACAUGAUGCCUCCUUUGGCGAAGGGACCGGACCGGCAUGGUGGAUCGAUUACUACUGGCAAUGUAGUAGGCGUGAGUCACAUCUUCAAGCCUGUGGGGACUGGAGAUUGGCCAACGGACGGUGCGGAAAUGCUGGAGUUGUCUGUUUUACCGGACAAACACAAAGACCAACAACAUUGCUCACAACUACAGACGAGGCACGGACAACUCAACAAGAUUUCUGGACAGUCCAAGAGGACCCCGUAUUGCCAGGGGAUGAUGACUGCGCAGCAUAUCAUGCGUCAGGACAGACCACCAGCGGAGUUUACACCCUCGACUUGUCCUCCACCAGUGUAGAGGCAUAUUGUGACAUGGAGAGUGAAGGGGGCGGAUGGACCGUGAUCCAACUGAGGCAGGACGGGUCGGUUCUCUUUAACCGGACCUGGGAGGAGUACAAACAUGGCUUUGGGAACAAGAACGGGGAAUACUGGCUUGGGAACGAGAACAUCCACCUCCUGACCAAGAGGAGGAACUACAAGCUAAGGAUAGACAUGGAAGAUUUUAGUGGGGACAGCAGAUAUGCAGAAUACAGUUCCUUCGGACUGUCCAGCGAGGCGAGCGGUUACAAGCUGCACCUGCCCAGUUCGGGUUAUACUGGGAAUGCCAGGGACUCCAUGAGUGGCGACGACGGACAGAAGUUCUCCACUGUGGACAGGGACAAUGAUGCCGACAGAUGGAGCCACUGUUCUCAGCGUUACGGCCAGGGCGGCUGGUGGUAUAGCUGGUGCGGUUACUCCCGCCUCAACGGGCGCUAUCUAGGCAACUGUGGGAACUCCUGUCAAUGGGGGCAAGGUGUGCUGUGGUACGGCUGGAGAGGCUCUUAUUAUUCCCUGAAGUCUGUGUCCAUGAAAAUCAGGCCAUGAUCAUUACCUGUCCUUACCGAAUCGGAUUAACAUCCAGGUAUGAACAGAAUAACCAUCUUACUUGGACCGUGAUGUUUUAAACAGCUGAGUAGUUUUUAAUAGAUAAAAAUUCAAUCAUCCAAAACAACAGUUUGGGCCCAAAUUACAGACGUUAAAUUCUCAAAAUAAAUUGCUGAAAUCUACAGUUCAAAUUUAGUCAACAGGACGGGAUGUUAUAGAUAAAAUAAACGUAAAUUGUUGAAGACCAUUGUAAUUCUUUUGCACAAAGGAAUUGUGGAUUUGUAUAAUCUACAUCCAAUUUAAGUAUUCACGACUAACGAUACAUAUAUAAUAUACUUGUCAUGUAGUAAACCGGGUUUAUGUGUGUUAUACUUACACGAACAAAUAUCUGACACAAGUAGUGACUGACUUCAACGAGACAGUUACUGGCUAAGGAGGGUGCCUGUAAUAUCGUUAUCCAAAAUUAUUAGUUUUUAUUACAUAACCUUUCGUCUGAUAUGCUGGUAUAAAAUGUGAUAUAAAUAAAAUCAUUAAUCAAGGUUGAAUUGCUAUAGUACCGCAUGUGCAUCAUAUGUUACAGUAUACAAAGAUCUUGUUACAGAUAGAUACGGAUAUAGAUAGAUACAGAUAUAGAUAUAUAGAUAGAUAGAUAGAUAGAUAGAU